GGUAAAGGCGGAACAAACCGGUGUGCCCUGAUAGACGCUGUAGCGGCUCGCCCGCACUGCAGAUUAACUCUUAGCAGGCCGAGGAUGCACAGGACCGAUGGACGCUGAAUUUCCUGUGCCUGUCACCAAUAUGGACAGGUGGACUGCAGCUAAUACAGGGCUUUCUCUUCCGUGAUUCAAGGGUCCCACAAAGAGGGUCCCACUGCAUCUUCGCUCCGGGGUGAAGUUUCCUCUAGAAGAAGGACAGGAGGUAUCCCUGUUGCUCUGGGCACGGUACAAACUUACAAACACAUCUACGAGGAACCACACUCUGAAAACCGAGAGAAAGAUCAUAUGUCCUCUCUUCAACCUGACACACUGUGGUGGACAAAAGCACAGAAUGUACAGAGCACAACUGGAACACACUGAAAACCACUGACUGAACCUAACGUCCUUCCUCAAUGUUGGAAGAGACAGUCAGAGAGCGUUGUUUGUCCCACUCACUCUCAGUGAACAUACCCCAGACUGUCCUGUGUGAGUAAAGGUAGCUAGGAGGACGGGGCAAAAGGUGGGAGGUCCCACUCACAGUCAGUGAAGAUCCCAAGACACCCAAGAGACUAUCCAUCAAGACCCGGCCAUUACUGACUUUACAUAGUCUUAUAACCAGGUCUGGCCCGGAGACAGCCAGUCCUGUGUGUGUGGAAUUAGCCCAGUGUGUGUGGGUGGAGGUAGCUAGGAGGAGGGGGCGCCAGUUGUCUUCUCAGGCCGGAUGCAGAACAUCCUCGAGCAGAACUUAGACAUGGCCACGGCUCUGCUGGCGGGGGAGAAGCUGAAGGAGCUGAUUCUGCCUGGCUCUUCCCAGGAUGAGAAGGGAGGCAUGCUGGCCGGCCUCAUGGUCCAGCUCAAACUAGAGCUACCAUUUGACCGCGUCGUCACCAUCGGCACCGUCAUUAUCCCCAUCCUGCUUGUCACACUCGUCUUCACAAGGAAUUUCGCAGAGGAGUCAAUCUACUGCUACACGCCUCACAACUUCACCCGUGACCAGGCCCUGUACGCGCGAGGCUACUGUUGGACAGAGCUGCAUGACGCCGUGCCCGGGGUGGAGCCUGAACUUCGACCUUCGCUGUUCGAGCACAAGUUCCUGCCCUAUGCUCUGCUGGCCUUUGCUGGCAUCAUGUACAUCCCUGCUCUCGGCUGGGAGUUCAUGGCCUCCACAAGACUUACCUCCGAGCUCAACUUUCUGCUUCACGAGAUAGACAACUGCUACCACCGGGCGGCCGAGGGCCGGGCCCCUAAAAUCGAGAAGCAGAUCCAGUCUAAAGGACCGGGUAUCACUGAGAAAGAGAGACGUGAGAUCAUUGAGAAUGCGGAGAAGGAGAAGAGCCCCGAGCAGAACCUGUUUGAGAAGUACCUGGAGAGACGAGGCCAGAGCAACUUCCUGGCCAAGCUGUACCUGGGUCGUCACCUGGCCAUCAUCUGCCUCAGCUCCAUCCCCAUCUCCUACCUGAGCGCCUACUGGCACCGCCAGCGCCAGAACGAGUUCAGCUGUGCCCUGGGGGAGCCUCCAGACACCAGCAGCAUCCCAGAGCUGAGGCUCAGCGUCAACUGCAAACUGCCGGCCGUGCAGCUGCAGAGGAUCAUGGCCGCCGUGGACAUCGCCCUGCUGAGCACCAUGAACCUCGUCAUCCUGGUCAACCUGCUGCACCUGUUUGUGGUGCGCAAGUCCAACUUUGUGUUCGACAAACUGCACAAGGUGGGCAUCAAGACGCGGAGGCGCUGGCAGAAGUCCCAGUUCUGCGACAUCAACAUUCUGGCCAUGUUCUGUAACGAGAACCGUGACCACAUUAAGUCACUCAACCGCCUGGACUUCAUCACCAAUGAGAGCGACCUCAUGUAUGACAACGUGGUGAGGCAGCUGCUGGCCGCGCUGGCCCAGUCUAACCAAGAUGUCACGCCCACAGUGAGGGACUCAGGCAUCCAGACCCUAGAUCCCAAUAUGGACCCCUCUCUCCUGGGGGUAGGGGAGCUGGGAGGUGAGCCACUGGUCAUCAAACGACCACGCAAGAAGAUGAAGUGGAUCCCCAGCUCCAACCCUCUCCCGCAGCCCUUUAAGGAACCUCUGACAAUGACGCGUUUGGAGAACAGCGUUAAGCCUGAGAAGCCCAAACUGGUGAGGAGGAAAACAGUGGCAGAGAGCUACGUCGCUCCUUUAAGCAAGAGCACACAGUACUCUGCUAAAGAUAUGAGCACGCUGGAGAAAAAGCAUAGUCGCAACUUUUCCCUGGAUGUCCACCCGUACAUGCUGACCAUCCGCAAGCCCACCAAAGUAGAGACAGUCAGCGCAGAGCCUCUACCCCCAGACCACACCCUGGACUCGGUGUUCAUCGAGGGCACACACACCAUUGUCCAUGUCUCUGCUUCUAUCACAGAAAAGAAAGAUCGCACUCCAGAAUCCACCAACACAGUCUUCUCUACAAUGACCGUCCCCACCAGCACCUAUAUGAACGGUGCCACUCCCAGCCCUAACCCACCAUUUCUCGCUGACCGCCACCUUAUAGAACCUCUGAUCGAGCAAGAGGAGCCUGAAGAUGCCCAGCCUGCAGUCUUCACUCGGAUCCCUUCCCACCAGCUGCUCAGUAUGCAUCAGCUACUCAGUAUGGAGGAAGAGGAGGCUAGAGGCCAGGGGGCCAGACUGUCUGAGAGACCCGGGGGGGAACUGAUCUCUGCUGGGGAGUGUUGAGGAGGAGACACACACAUCCCAUCCCACCUAUAGCCAAAAGCCACAUUGUACCCCUAACCCCUAGUUAUGCUGUGCUCAUACCUCACUACUCCUCUGGUGAAGGGACUGAGUGCGAGUGCUGAUGGUGCUGAACCAGAAUUUUUAGCUGGAGUGUUGAAGAUUUAACAAGAUGGAGCAUAAGAGAGGAUAGUGGUUCAAUGUGUUCUGAUCUACCCAUAGUCAUCUGACUGCUGUUACUCUCUCCACACAUGAAGACUUCGGUGAAAUGCACACAGGAGCAUUACCUUUGUAGAUCCUGCACAGUUGAAUGGAGCAUUUGUUGGUCAUGUUCUUCACUUGGUGAGGAAGCAGCUCUUAAUGAAAAAGAUAAGAAAGAGAAUAGGGAAGACAUACGGUUUGAAGCUUUUUAAACACAUUUUAGAAAAGCACACAAUCUAUAGUCCAUUCGGAAAGUAAUCAUGGCCAUUCACUUUUUCCACAUUUUGUUACGUUACAGCCUUAUUCUAAAAUGGAUUAAAUCGUUUUUCCCCCAUCAAUCAACACACAAUACCACAAAAUGACUAAGCAGAAACAUGAUUUUUUGAACAUUUUGCAAAUGUAUAUAAAAAAAAAGGAAAUAUCACAUUUACCUACACUACCGCUCAAAAGUUUGUGGUCACUUAGAAAUUUCAUUGUUUUUGAAAGAAAAGCACCUUUUCUGUCCAUUAAAAAUAAGAUCACAUUGAUCAGAAAUA